CAAACACAAGCACAGUCUUUGCUCGAUCGUUGAGGCAUCAAUAGCUGCAAUUCCCAAACAAAUCAUCACCAUGAAGUUCUUUGUCGCCAUCUGUUUGCUGAUUAGCAUGGCAUCUGCCGAGUAUGUGGUUAAGAAUCGCGAUAACAUGCUGGCCUAUCGCGGUGAGUGCGUUAAGGAGCUGUCCAUUCCGGCUGAUUUGGUCCAGAAAUACGAGAAAUGGCAAUAUCCCAAUGAUGCCCAGACCCAUUGCUACAUCAAGUGUGUCUUCAGCAAGUGGGGAUUGUUUGAUGUGCAAUCCGGCUUCAUCGUGGAGAAUAUUCACCAACAGUUGGCCGGCGGUCAUGCCAACCACGAUGAGGAACUGCAUUCCAAGAUUGCACAAUGCCUGGACAAGAACGAGCAAGGUUCAAAUGCCUGCGAAUGGGCCUAUCGUGGUGCUACUUGCCUCCUGAAGAAUUUCGGACAACAAAUCCAAUCGAGUCUGGCUCCCAAGGUCUAAAAUAAAAAUGAGCUGAUGGGUCAGGACUGAUUAUAGUUAUAAGCACUAAUUUACACCCACUUUGUGAGCAGUUAAUAAACACUGAUUAAUAUGUAGUAGAAUCAAAUUAA